UAAAAUGUUUUUAAAAAACAGAAACUAUUAAGUUGUUAAUUAUUUCAUUAGUAAGUCAUGACACACAGCACACAAAUGACUCAUUUAUAAAUGCAAUAAGAGGUAUAAAUAUAAUUCCGGGUCUCUGGAGAACUAAAACGCAUUUAAGUAAUGGGAAACCACAUGCAUGGAGUCAAGGUCACGUACGAUCCUCAGCAGAGACGGCUGGGAUAGAUAAACAACACCUCCCUCCUCUCUCUCUCUCUCUCGCUCGCCCCCGUUACCUGGAUCUGAGCUGCGCAUCCGUGUGGAUUCCUCUUGCGCCUCAUUGUCAUUCAUUCCGCGUUCAUGCGCAUUUCCAUAUGAUUUCUGCAUCUCGCUGUGGGUCAGAUUGGCUUCUUUUAUUUCCAACGCACCAAUCUUAAAGGAAAUGCUCGCGGUCGCCUGGACAGCCAACGAUCCCGCAAGUAUUUUGGACACUCUAAAGUGCGCGUGUUGUGUUGUUGAUCUCGUGGCCAGGAUGCUGCCUCGCUAAGGAUGGACUAUAAUGGAUGAUACAUGGCUGUGAUGCUCCAGUAUCAUCUUCUUCAUCAUGUCUCCAGCAGCUCCGGUCACUGACAGCAGUGCUGCUGAUGUCCUGCACGAGCAGACGGACACGCCGCGGGAAGUGCAACGACCCUCGAAGCAGUCCCUGAGCAAGUCUCUGUGUCGCGACUCGCACUGGAAAUGCCUCCUUCUGUCACUGCUAAUGUACUGCUGCGUGAUCGCAAUGACCUGGUGCCAGGUCACGAAGGUCACGCGCCUCUCCUUCGACAGCGCCUUCAAGGGCAAGUCUAUGAUGUACCACGACAGUCCCUGUUCCAACGGCUACAUCUACAUCCCAGUGGCCUUUCUCGUCAUGCUCUACGUGGUUUACCUAGUGGAGUGUUGGCAUUGUUACUCGCGCAAUGAACUUCAAUCUAAAGUAGACCUGGAGAGCAUCGCAGAGCGCGUGCGUCGCAUGCAGCAAGCCACGCCGUGCAUCUGGUGGAAGGCCAUUAGUUAUCACUACGUACGUCGGACGAGGCAAGUGACUCGCUACCGAAACGGGGAUGCCUACACGACCACGCAGGUUUACCACGAGCGCGUGAACACGCACGUCGCGGAGGCCGAGUUCGAUUACGGGAACUGCGGGGUGAAGGACAUUUCCAAGCACCUCACAGGCCUGGAGAGCUUUCCAGUGACCAAGUUGCGCUUCACCAAGUGCUUUAGUUUCGCUAAUGUCGAGUCCGAGAACUCCUACCUGACGCAAAGAGCGCGGUUCUUCACAGAGAACGAAGGUCUGGACGAUUAUAUGGAAGCGCGUGAAGGAAUGCAUCUCAAAAACGUCGAAUUUAAGGAAUACAUGCUUGCGUACGCAGAUCCGGAUCGCUUGCCUUGGUAUGCGUCGCAGUGUAGCUUCUGGUUGGCGGCGGUGCUGACUUUAUCGUGGCCGUUGCGGGUCCUGACGGAGUAUCGCACGGCGUACCUUCAUUAUCAUGUGGAGAAGCUUUUUGGGUUCGACUACGUCGCCGUUACGCCGUUGGACGAGAGGCCGUUUUGCCACCACAUCCCGCGGGUAAACACCAUCGACAGCACAGAGCUUGAGUGGCACAUUCGCUCCAACCAACAGCUUGUUCCCAGUUACUCCGAGGCCGUGCUAAUGGAUCUGGCACAGCAGUCCAGCUGCAACACAUUCUCGCCUCGUGGGAUCGGCGCGGCUGGCGGAAAUGGCUUCGGCGGAUACCGGCAGAACUGCGAACGCUGCCACCGCUCCAUCAGCAGCUCGUCGAUUUUCUCGCGAAGCGCGCUGAGCAUCUGCAACAGCAGCAGCCCGCGUUUACCCUUCAGCAGCAGCCGAUUCUCGCUGGGCCGUCUGUACGGCUCGCGACGCAGCUGUCUUUGGCGAAGUCACAGUAGUAGCCUAAACGAUCCCAGUUGCCCGACGGAAAGCACACGAUGUCUGGCCGGACAGUCCGCGAAUGAGGAGAGCCCACCUUCUCCACCAGCCUAUCAGGACGCGCUGUAUUUUCCCGUACUUAUUAUACACCGCAACGAGGGCUGCCUCAGUCAUGACCGCCAUUCACUGCACCGUAACGGAUCCUGUGUGGAGACUUCGUUAUAG